ACAAAGAUCUCUAUGAUGCUUUUCAGCACAGGAUCAGGUUCCGCUGCUUCAAGUGAAGUUAAAUUCACAGAGGCUUUUGAUCUCCAUCCCGUCACACUGUCAGGCGACCAAUCAGAUUACAGCAUGUACCACGACCGCUGUUUUGUAGGCACGAAGCACGAGACAUUUGAGUUUUCUUUGGUGGUUAAUCCGUCUCGAGCGAACGGCGAGGUUACAAUGUCAAAUGCUAUGGAUGCCUAUUUGUCUCUAAACGGAUAUUGCCGAAAAGCAAUUGUGCGGGAUGGGUCCUGCAUAUUUCGUGCCGCUUCCGAAAAGCUUUUUCUGACCCAGACAUACCACCAGCAUGUACGUCAAAUAUGUGCUGAGUACAUCUGGCGACAUGAGGAGGAGUUUCAGGACUGCCAUGUCAGUUGCCCCAGUUUCAGUGAACAUUGUGGAAUUGUUGACAUGAUGGUCCUGUCAAGGAUCUACACACUUGAGUUCAUUGUGUUCCAUGAAGCUGGAAUGCCACCAGUGAACAUUACACAAAAAGGCUACUUCUCCAAGAUCUACUUGGUGCACGUGGAGGGAGGACACUACGAUCUUGUGUACACCAGGCCAUAUGUGCAGAACCUCGCCUUGUGUCAGUCUAUUGUAUACGAAAUACUGUACCACGGAGUGUUCGGUCUCACGGGGGAACUGGAGGAAGCCGUCAAGUUUCUGCGCAUGCAGAAGAACCGUACACCUCGAGAGAACGACAACCUGUCACUGGACACAGAGGGAAGAGUCUUUACUUUCCAAGCAGGUAUCCAGAAAGACACAGGCGAGAAGAAAAGUUUUUCUUUGACUGCAAGCGACCGUCCCAUACCUCCUCUACCUUACCGCAUAGCAAAGGCUUUGGAUCCGUUUGUGUACCGGAACGUGGAGCUGGACAUCAUUCAUGAAGAAAAGCGAGAAAUUAAGCUAAAGCUGCAAGGUCGUGGGCUGUAUGGGGUUUUUUGUCCAGGAGACAAGUGUCAGGUCCACGUAGAAGAGGGAGAUGUGUUGAGCGUGUACCAUGCCCACGUGCAGGAGAUCAACGAGCCCAGCGGCCCAGUAGUGGUCUACGUCGAAGAACUUGGCGAAAAGAAAACUGUACCAUACAGCUGUCUUCGCCCUUUGCCUCUCACCUUACCUAAGACAGGUUCAGACUUGCAGAAUUUGCUGGUUGCUGAAAUCGGUCCUGUUGCAUUUGGAGACAGAAGGGGAAGGAGAAGAAAGAAUAUACUACAAAAUAUCAUGCCUGGAGCAGCAGAAUUCCAGACACCAACUCACAUGGGUCGCACAUCACGAACACCUGUCAGCAGGCAAAUGCCAGAGAUAGGCCCAAAGGUAGCAGCCACCAUUAGCAGCACCCAUCAGUCAGUGACAGACUGCAUUAGUCUAGGGGAUGGUAUGGAGAUGACUGCAGCACCAGGCUACUGUAUGGUGGCCACUUCUGCUUUGCCUGUUUCUACUCCAUCUCACAUGACCACUCAAGUGAGCAGUCCCAUGAUUGGCCAGCCAACAGCUUCUGGAGUUGUGUACUGGAUGCCGGUUGUGACAGUCCCAUAUGCCAACACCAUGGGACAAGUCAACCUGGCCUCUGCCCCUUCACAGGAUCCUUAUGGCAAGGACCUGCCACACAAUGAUAUCAACACUUUGCGAUAUUUCUUCAAUCUUGGAGUUGAAUAUUUCCGCAUCAGUGCCAGCAUGCAGCAACAGCAAAGCUUUGCACCAGCAUCCCCAUUGCAACAACCAAUGGCCAAUGGAUCUUCACUGUCCAUGAUGUUGCCCUUAGACCAGGGUCAGUCCUUUGUUCCUCCUGAGCCACUCAAACCUCAUAAUACCAAAACAAACUCGGGUUUAAACCGUACGCAGCCAUCUGCGAAAGCUUCUGUGUCUUCACCUAGCAAGGACAGCGGAAAACAGAAGAGCAGUGCAGAUGAAGAGGUAGAGAAGGGUGAAAACAUGGAACUCUGCAGUGACUUUUCAGAAGCCCGAUGUCGCAGUUCAGGGGAAGAGGGGUCAGUGGAGGAGGAUCCAGAACAGCAGAUGGAGGUUGGCAGCAACCGUACUGAUGAUGACACAGGUUCCACACAGGGCGAUGGGGAGGGGGGAACAGAAAAGGGAGGCAAGGGGAAAGGCAAACGCAAAUACUACAUGUAUGGUUCUCACAAACUUAUCAAGCCCAUCAAAGACAUUCCACCCAGGUUUCAAAUGAUGCUUGCUGAAAACAGUGCUGCCAAAGCAAGAUGUGAAGGGCAGCCCAUCUACAUGCAGUUGUCUGUCAGUGAGCUGGUGUCCUACGAGCAGGCCGAUGGCACCAGUGAUCUCAAUGCAGAUGCACAGUGUUUUUAUCCCACACAGCUGUACGAUGCAGUUGCUGUUGAUGAGACAGGCCAGUGCACCUAUACCAAUGGUUCUGUGACUUUUACUGCACCUGUGUCUCAGCCACCUCCACUGCUUGUUCCUCCACCUCCAGUAAUGCAGUCUGCUGGAGGGACAUCCCCAGUAGGGCUUGUGUAUACUUCCACCCCUUCAACAAUAGCAUCUGUCAUGGCACCAUCACUUCACACUCAUCCAGUAACAGUAUCUUCCACAGUGCCUAGACUUAGUGAUGGAAAAAUAGUGUCUGUAUCUAGUUCAACUAACACCAAUGCAGUUAGUGGCCCAAUCCAUUCAAAUGCUGGUAGCGAGAAAGUGCAUGAAGAGUUUGCUCAGACCUCUUUGGUUUGUUCUCGUUCACAUAACAAACCUGAAAGUUCUGCCUCACCACAUAUUUCGACUUGUAGCAUGCCUGUCAGUGUCAGCACGCCUGCCUCCAUGCUUCGUGCACCCCCGUUCUCUGCAACUACUAACCUGUUACCUCCCCUUGCUCCACCCUCUGUGCAUGUUGGCCCGACUCCUCCUGUCUCUUGCACUCAUGGUGGUGGGAAGCAAUGCUUUUAUCUGUACCCUUCUCCCUCUGCAGGUUUUCCAGCAGUGCCAGCCACACCACAAGGUCAGAGCCACAUGCCUGGUCCUUCCCAGGGACAGGUGGUAUAUGUGAUGAACCCUCAGGCAUACCCUGCUCCACCAUGCACAGCAUUCCAGCCCACCAUGAUGCCACCGUCAGCCCACUCAGUGGGUCUGCCUUGCCCUACUGUAGCUGUGCAGUAGACUAGCAGAAGCUUUCCUUUUAUUUUGGGACUGGUGUGUGUAGCUUGUAUAACAUCUUGCUGCAUUUGCCAUUUGUUUUUGCACAUCAUUCAUUUUCUUUGAGUAGGCUUAUCUUUAUGAGUUGUCUUGACUGUGAGUUGUCACAAAAUUUGAUUGUCUUUAAACCCUAAACAGGAUUUCCUAGUCAGGUUAUGAGAGAAGCUGCUGAAGAAGUUAAUAAGUAGUAGUUUAGAGUAAAAUAUUUUGAAGAAAAUUUAAAUUUCUUGGGUUUUUUUUAGGUUUAUAUAUAUUUUAAAUGUAGUCUUAUUUCUGUUAGGUGAUUGCUUCCUAUGCAUUUCUUUUUUUAAAUAAUAAUAGAAAAUGUUUGUAUCAAAAUUGUAGGAAAUCUGUUGUAUUUUACAUUUUUUUUCAUGCCAGUGAUUUAAUUCGAGUUUUGAUUUUAGCCAUGUAUUAACUUUGUAUUUAUAAUGCAUUAAUCUUUUUCUUAUAUAAAAGAUUUUUUCAAAGUAUUUAGACCCAUCACAAAGGCAUUUUCCACCAUUUGUAAUACUACAAUGCCAUGAAACUAGCUCACCUUAAUCAUUGGCAUUCUGACAACGAAAUGUUUAUGCAGCUUACAAAUCGUGUUAUGCACAUUGCUCAUGUAAAUCAUCCAGUUCAGAUGAUAGUUGCCGGUAGAGAACACCUGUAGUUAGUGAAUAGUCAAUAUUCAAUCACUCCUUGUUUAAAUAUUCUGCAUUUCUGUCUAGAGGUACAUUAAACUGUCGUCACCAUUCCUUUCCAUAAUUCAGAUAUGAAGAGUUACCGUACAGUUACGACUGCUGUUGCUCAUCAUUUCAUUGAUGCAUCAUAUGUUGCUUGCAGUUUUACAGGAAUUUCUUGGAAAGCAUGGUUGCAGAAAUCUGUAGGUUAUGUAUGUGUCGCAUUUGUGAUAGACAGGAAGUAAUAUUGAGUUUCAUGAUAGUGGUAAUGAAGACAGGUGUAAAUGUUAAGUAUAUAAGGAGAGCUGUGUUGAGUGUAUGAAUCUUCAAAGUGAUGAAUCAUUACAAAGGCAGACACAACACUGAGAUGUACUAAAGUCUAUUUGUAUUGUUAGAGAACAGUGUUCUUCACUCGAAUGGCCUGGAGUGUUGCACACAAUGAUUGAGAAGACUUGUGUAUUCCCCUUACUCCUAAAAAAAAAAGUGCAUUUAACUGGAUAUUUAAUCAGAUGAUAUCCAGGUUUUCAAAUGAAGUAUGAUUGCAGAGGAUAUUGAGAAUAGCAAACUGUUGCAUUAAACAGGAAUCAGUCCUUUAUUACACUGAAUUAAGCAGGCUUGAGUCUUGUCAUUGUGAUAAUUGCAAUGUUUGCUAAUUUGAACAAAAUAAGAAAGACAAGAGCUCCAUUGAUAGAAAUACAAUUGAAGGAUUGAGAAGAGGUUGUAAUACAUAAAAUUUCAAUCAAAAUGUUUCAAAAUACAACCCAUAGUUGGAACCAUCUAUUUUAACAAAGGUAUUUGAAAAUGUGUAUGCCGCUUGACAGAAGAGUCUAAGCUAAACUGGAAAUUCCUAAGAAUUUGACAUUCAGUAAUUAUGCGAGAAGUGGAUACAAGCUUCUGCACAUGGGCGGUCAGGAAGCUGGUGAUGCAUACAAUAAUUAUAGCAGAGAAAAUCGAAAAUCUUCUUCUUGAAGGAUCUAAGAUCGUGCUGCUUGUCAGCAGUGAAGAGUGUAUUUACUGGUGCCAAAGCCAGAUUUUUCCAGGCCUGGAGGAUAUUUUUUUAAUAUUUUUUUCCAGAUGACUUUAAGUGGCUGUGCCUUAACACAUUCAGGACAUUAGAUGUUGAUGGUCAUUAUCUUGUUCAGUGUUUAUUCAGGAAUAAGAUUUGUUGCCAAUUUCAUAUCGGCAAGUUCACAGCUGAUAAAUUUACUCUUUUAUGUACAUAAUGUUUAAGUGCAGUUUUCAUUGUUCAUUUUAUAUUUAUAGUCCUAUAUAUACAUAGGGCUGCUAAUCAUCAUUUAUUUUUCUUGUGAUUGUUUUUCCUUCAUGCACCCAUGAUAAUAUCAUUUUUGUGUUUAAGACACUAAAUGAAUGCUUGAUAUAAUUUUUUUCUUAAAAAUGCAUGUUUGAAACCACUUGUCAGUUAAGAGUUUCAGUCCGUACAGAAAAACAGCUAGCUGUUUCAGAGAAGCCUCUUCUUCUCACCAAUAAAUAUACAGUCGAAGUGAUGAAAAGUUUCUGUUCAUCAACAAAAGUGUAUUUGACAAUGACUGCUUUCAGAAUGAAUAUUUUAUAACUUCAAACAGAGAAGGAAGAGACUGAGAAUUGUGAUGGUAGAUUUAAGAACACUACUUCCAAGAUUGUUUUAUCAUGUACACAUCUUUUGCAGAGGAAUAUGUUCCCUUUUUGCAGAAAAUUUACAAAUCCAGGAAUAAGGCUUGAAAAUAAUUCUUUUCUGCUGUUAUUAAGGGCAAGAGAAAGGAAUAUUGGGAGGUGAAGAACAGGAAGUGCUGGAGAAGAUCUGAUUUGGGUUUUCACCACAGAAGCAUGGCUUUUCACACUGCAUUGCCUUGCUCUUUACAAUUGCAUUUUUAAAUUAUAUUUUAAUGCCAUUUUAGUGUAUAAAAAGGCAUUGUAUGUUUUGCAUUGCUACAAAAAUGUUUGUUCUAUUUAAACCUUUAUUUAAUGUUAUAAUUAAGGCCCGUCAUGUUUCAGCUUUUGAUGACUGAACUAUCAGUCAUUCUGAUAAUUAAAAUGAUGUAUGCCUUGUGCAUUGGUUUCUCCUUACUAAAAUCUUGGCAUAUACAAAGAGACCAGUGCCUCCUGCAUUACUGUAACACUUUUUUUAUGUUAAAGCUCUUUGAGUGCAUCAAUGUCUCUCACAUCAGUGAAGAAGUAAUCGUAAUUAAGAAAUAAAUCCAUUUUUAAGUCUAUACUGAUGCAAUUUUUUGAUUGUUUUAUUUGAAAUGAUUUAUUAAACAUUUAAAAAUAAA